CUCAACCACCUCGGUAGCUUGCUAGCCAACAUAGCCGAAAGAUUCAAGCUAUUUAUACGCUUUCGGUGUAUAUUACCUACUGUGUUUUAGACACACUUCUGUCGUAUCUACUUGUUAACCUAUAUAAUUUAAUAUUACGUUAUUUUUUAUUAGUCAGCUAUAGUAGCUGUCUGGUUAAGUUAGCACUAGCUUAGUCGCUAAUGAUAGCUAGCUAGCUAACAUCCCCGACCAUGAGCUCCCUAAACAUCUCCCCUCUCGUUAAAGAAGAGGCGGUCUGCUGGACAGAGAAAGAAGCUCUGGGGCUAAACAUUGUCGUGAAAGAGGAGAAGGAAGAAGAGGAUGUUACAGUAAAACAAGAAGUAGAGGGUGAGGCUGUUACCCUGAAAGAAGAAGAGAUAGACGUUUCAGUGAAAGAAGAGGAAGAGGCGUUCAGAGUGAAAGAGGAAGAGGAUGUUACAGUGAAAGAGGAGGAGGAAGAGAAAGAGGAGGAGGAUGCAGUUUAUGGAGUGAAGAAGGAAGGGGAGAUUACUGUCACAUUGAAAGAUGAAGAGGUGGAGAUAGGAGAUCUGAUUAACACCAGAGAGAUACGGGACUAUCAUGGAUCCUCUGGGGAGCCUCAACAACCUCAUGAUGCUGACGAGGCAGAGAAGAGUCUCUCCAGAUCAGAACGCCUCAAUAAACACCAGCAGAGAUCCACAGGGAAGAGAACUCACUGCUGCUCUGACUGUGGGAAGAGAUUCACUUCAUCAGGCAUUACAAUUCAUCAAAGGAUCCACACAGGAGAGAAAUCUAAUAGCUGUGAUCAAUGUGGGAAGAGUUUUGGUCGAUCUUGCAAUCUGAUUCAACACCAGAGAAUGCACACAGGAGAGAAAUCUAAUAGCUGUGAUCAAUGUGGGAAGAGUUUUGGUCGAUCUUGCAAUCUGAUUCAACACCAGAGAACACACACAGGAGAGAAAUCUUAUAGCUGUGAUCAAUGUGGGAAGAGUUUUACUACAUCUGGCUAUCUGACAGUGCACCAGAGAACACACACAGGAGAGAAACCUUAUAGCUGUGAUCAAUGUGGGAAGAGUUUUACUACAUCUGGCUAUCUGACAGUGCACCUGAGAACACACACAGGAGAGAAACCUUUUAGCUGUGAUCAAUGUGGGAUGAAUUUUACUACAUCAAGCUCUCUGACUAUACACCAGAGAAUACACACAGGAGAUAAGCCUUAUAGUUGUAAUCAUUGUGGGAAGAGUUUUACUACAUCUGGCACUCUGACUGAACACCAGAGAACACACACAGGAGAGAAGCCUUAUAUCUGUGACCAAUGUGGGAAGAGUUUUACUACAUCUAGCUCUGUGACUAAACACCAGAGAACACACACAGGAGAGAAACCUUUUAGCUGUGAUCAAUGUGGGAUGAGUUUUGUCCAAUCUGGAGAUCUGACAGUGCACCGGAGAACACACACAGGAGAGAAACCUUAUAGCUGUAAUCAAUGUGGGAAGAGUUUUACUACAACUUGUUCUCUGACUAUACACCAGAGAACACACACAGGAGAGAAAUCUUAUAGUUGUAAUCAUUGUGAGAAGAGUUUUCCUACAUCUAGCCAGCUGACUGUACACCAGAGAACACACACAGGAGAGAAACCUUUUAGCUGUGAUCAAUGUGGGAUGAGUUUUACUACAUCAAGUCAUCUGAUUCGACACCAGAGAACACACACAGGAGAGAAAUCUCAUAGCUGUAAUCAAUGUGACAAGAGAUACUCUGAUAAAAGAUAUCUAAUCAAACAUCAGAAAAUACAUACACUAACAUCCCUGAACAUGAGCUCCCUAAACUACUCCCCUCUUGUUAAAGAAGAGGUUAUCUGGACGGAGAAUGAAGCUCUGGGGCUGAACAUUGUCGUUAAAGAGGAGAAGGAAGAAGAGGAUGUCACAGUAAAACAAGAAGAGAAAGCCGUUUCAGUGAAAGAAGAGUUAGACGCGUUCAGAGUGAAAGAGGAGGAGGAUGUGAAAGAGGAGGAUGUAGUUUUUGGUGUGAAAGAGGAGGAGGGGGAGAUUACUGUCACAUUGGAGGAAGAAGACGAGGUUGGAGAUCUGUUUAACACCAGAAAGAGACGUGACUGUCCUGGAUCCUCUGGGGAGCCUCAACAACCUCAUGAUGCUGACAAGGCAGAGAAGAGUCUCUCCAGAUCAGAACUCCUCAAUAAACACCUGCAGAGAUCCACAGGGAAGAGAACUCACUGCUGCUCUGACUGUGGGAAGAGAUUCACCUCAUCAGGCAUUAAAAUUCAUCAGAGAACACACACAGGAGAGAAACCUUAUAGCUGUGUUCAAUGUGGGAAGAGUUUUGGUAGAUCUUGCCAUCUAACUCAACAUCUGAGAAUACACACAGGAGAGAAACCUUAUAGCUGUGGUCAAUGUGGGAAGUGUUUUACUACCUCUAACAAUCUGACUCGACACCAGAGAACCCACACAGGUGAGAUACCAUAUAGCUGUGAUCAAUGUGGGAAGAGUUUUGCUGCAUAUAGCGUUCUGACUCUACACCAGAGAAUACACACAGGAGAGAAACCUUAUAGCUGUGGUCAAUGUGGGAAGAGUUUUGCUGCAUAUAGCAUUCUGACUCUACACCAGAGAAUACACACAGGAGAGAAACCUUAUAGCUGUGGUCAAUGUGGGAAGAGAUUUACUACAUCUGGGUCUUUGACUCAACACCAGAGAACACACACAGGAGAGAAACCUUACACCUGUGAUAAAUGUGGGAAGUGUUUUACUACAUCUAACCAUCUGACUCAACACCAGAGAAUACACACAGGAGAGAAACCUUACACCUGUGAUAAAUGUGGGAAGUGUUUUACUACAUCUAACCAUCUGACUCAACACCAGAGAAUACAUUGUAGUAGGAGUAUUCUAAUGAUGUCACAAUGUAGAAUGUUUUAACAUUGUAGUAGGAGUAUUCUAAUGAUGUCACAAUGUGGAAUGUUUUAACAUUGUAGUAGGAGUAUUCUAAUGAUGUCACAAUGUGGAAUGUUUUAACAUUGUAGUAGGAGUUAUUUAAUGAUGUCACAAUGUAGAACCCUAAGCGUUUGUUAAAUUGAUUUUAGGGAAAAAGAGGAAAAAUCCAGGCUCUGAAUUGAAAGUAUUAUUUAUGAGAUUUAUCAAAAAGUGACUAACAUAAAAGAGCUGUGUUAC